GUUUUGUGCACAGGCGCGCUCGGAGGAGCUGGGCGCGCGGCUGCAGGACGCCGGCCCGAUGCAGGCGCAAGUGCAGCAGGCAUGCGCGGCACUGGGCGCGCACCGCGACUUCCUCUCCCAGAAGCUGGCGGCGCUGGGCAAGUUCGCCGCGCGCCUCGACGCCGCCGCGGCGCGCGCGCAGGCCGCGCGAGCGAGGCUCGCGGCCGCGCCGCAAGACCCGGCCGCCGUCGCUGAAGUACAAGAGCUGAUCCGCUCGCAGGAAACGGAAGUGCGCGAGGUGCUGGAGAACUACAAUAACUUGGAGCGCGAGUGCGGCGCGGCGCGGCAGGCCGUCGCGCCGGCGCUGCGCGAGCGAGCCGCCAGGCUGCGACAGGACUGGGCCGCACUGCGGGGCCACGAGCUGCCGACGGUGGUGAGCGAGACCCCGCGGCGCGGGUCCGACUCGCCCACGGUGCGCAAGGGCUCCACCGACAGCCAGGCCAGCGGUGAGUUCGCACAGGGCAUCACCUGAACAAUGAACCCUCGUAGUUGACUAAACCUAACUGGUGGUGGUUGGCUCUCACACGGGGAAAUAAUGUCGCCUCUGUUCCUGAAUGU